AUGUGUAAAAUAUUUCAGGCUGAACUGAUAUACAGACCGACUUCUCGCACUGUUACUCGACUCGUUACUUACCCUGAGGCGCCCCACCACAUCCUGCGAGUACGCGUGCGACCAUCAGUAGUCCUUCGUGAAUUGGACCGCAUCGCGUACCGCCGCCGCCCCGAUUUUUCCAUCUCAGCUGUAGACGACUUCUAUCGUUCUGAGUCUACGAAGGCCUUCGAAGAUGAAAGAAGCCGCAUCCGCGCUGACACUGCUGCCCUCCUUACUCGCGCACGCUCUGUAGUCCCUCGUGCUAAGUCCGUAGCACCCCUUGAAACCAUAUACUCAUAUUCAUACGGGGAGCCUGUGCCAUACCGAUUCAGCAAUGACGCUUACUUGGCUAAAUUACUGGUCCCACUUCGCAACGUCUAUGAUAAUAUCCAUAACAUUUCUUUCUACAACGAGCCUGCCAAGAAAUUCACCGGACGUGGAAACCUCGCGUGCGUGCACUACUCCGGUAACAAGGCCUUCUCCAACCGUAGGCCUCUCUACAAGGAACUUAGCAUCAGGGACGACGUGAAUCUACUCUCUUUCUAUGCCAAGAACAGGCUCGCAGCCGCCGGCCUGGCCGUCGAGAAGGCCGCAGUCAAACUGCUCCCAUGGAGGCCGAGCCGCAAGUUCCAGGCCCCGCAAAUUAUGGAGGACCCGGAGCUUGAACUGAAAGCAGCUAAGGCCGACCGCGAAGCAAGAUUCCGUGCGGUCACUGUCGAACCGGUUAUGACUUCAGCUGCAGAUUUAGCAGAAAUCAAGAGGAAGAGGCAAGAGCAAGCCCGUGCUGCGGAAGAAAAAGCUCUAAAGGAAGAAGCCAAACGUGAAGCUGAACGCAAGGCUCAAGCUGAUCGCGAAGCUGCUGAUAAAAAAAGAAUAGAAGAAGAGGCACGCAAGGCUGAAGAUGCUAAACGCAAAGCUGAGGAAGACGCUAGAAAAGCCGAGGAAGAAGCACGAAAAGCUGAGGAGGCUCGAUUGGCUGAAGAGGCUAGGCUUGCCGAAGAGGCCCGUAAAGCCGAGGAAGCCCGAAAAGCCGAAGAAGCUAGACUCGCAGAAGAAGCCAGAAUUGCAGAAGAAGCUAGACUUGCAGAAGAAGCUCGCUUGGCUGAAGAGGCGAGGCUAGCAGAAGAAGCCAGACUGGCGGAAGAAGCUAAACUUGAGGAGGAAAGACAAGCCGAGCAGAGAAGACAAGAGGAACUUGCAAGGUUAGAAGAAUUAGAGAAACAAGCACAGGAAGAACGUGAAGCUGAACUUGCCAGACAGGCCGCCGAAUUAGCCGAGAUGGCGAGACAAGAAUCGGAGCUAGCCGCUGCCCGUUUAGAGGAGCUCUCACACAGUGGUUCAGUGGCUGAUGUGCCUGAGACCGAAGCCAGUGAAUCGGCUGCAGACGAACCAGAACCUAUUGUAGAGGAGCCAGAAUCCCCUGAAGCAGUAGUACCUGAAGCGCCAGAAGCAGAAGCCGAGCAGGUGGCUGACGUUAGUGAAGAUGAAAAAGCAGAACCGGAUCUUACCGACGAAGAAUAA